CUCAGGCGACUGUCCUCUACACCAACGCCGACAAGAUUGUCAUGUAUGAGCCCAACCAUCUCGUCGGUAGGGCUCACUUCUGUCUGUCCGAACCCGACAAAAUGGACCAAGCUGACGCUCAGUUCACUUUCGUACUCAAUCAGGCGCCCAACAAUAUACCAUCUCUUCUCGGGAAGGCGUGCAUCAGUUUCAAUAAGAAAGAGCCCAAAACGGCGCUCACUUUCUACAAGAAGGCGCUGCGAAUAAACCCCAACUGUCCGGCGAAUGUGAGGCUAGGAAUGGGUCACUGUUUCUACAAAAUGAAUAAACCAGAAAAGGCUAAACUCGCGUUCGAGAGGGCCCUACAGCUCGACCCCCAGUGUGUCGGCGCACUCGUCGGCCUAUCCAUACUGGAGCUCAAUCUGAAGACAUCGGAUUCGAUUCGACGCGGCGUUCAGAUGCUGUCCAAAGCCUAUACCAUCGAUCCGACGCAUCCCAUGGUUCUCAACCAUUUGGCCAAUCAUUUCUUCUUCAAGAAGGACUACCAGAAAGUACAACAUCUGGCGCUUCACGCCUUCCACAACACGGAGAACGAGUCGAUGAGAGCCGAGAGCUGUUACCAAAUGGCCAGAAGUUUUCACAUUCAGGAGGACUUCGAUCAGGUAUUUGCAGACUCACUGUUUGCGCGCAAAACAAAUGUACUAAUACUGUGUCCGCAUGUGUGGCACCGGGUGUUUGUGUGGCGACGACAGGCCUUCCAGUACUACUAUCAGGCGACCCAAUUCGCGUCGGCGUCGUUCGUAUUGCCGAACUUCGGUUUGGGUCAGAUGUAUAUCCAUAGGGGAGACGCCGAUAACGCCGCCCAGUGUUUCGAGAAAGUGCUCAAAUCUAAUCCCAAUAAUUACGAGACAAUGAAGAUCUUGGGCUCACUCUAUGCGCAGUCACCCAAUCAGGCGAAGAGAGAUAACGCCAAACAGUUUCUCAAGAAAGUCACUGAACAGCAUCCGGACGACGUCGAGGCCUGGAUUGAAUUGGCACAGAUUCUCGAACAGUCCGACCUGCAGGGCGCUCUCAACGGUUACGGGACAGCCAUUAAGAUAUUCAAAGAGAUCUCGAGGAAUGCCAUAAACGUGGAAAUCCCGGCCGAGAUCUACAACAAUGUGGCGGCACUUCAUUUCCGUUUAGGCAAUAUUAAGGAAGCGAUGAAUCACUACUCGUUGGCACUGAAGCGGUGUAACGAAGAGAUGGAGCACGAGGUGGAAGAGCACUACUUUAAGUCCAUUUCGGUGACCAUUAACUACAAUUUGGCGCGACUUCACGAAGCGAACCACGACUACAACAAAGCCGAGACCAUCUAUAAGAACAUCCUUCGAGAGCAUCCCAAUUACGUGGACUGUUAUCUACGGCUCGGGUGUAUGGCCAGGGAUUUGGGACAGAUCUAUGAGGCCAGCGAUUGGUUUAAAGAGGCCCUUCAGGUGGAAAAGGACCAUGCUGACGCGUGGUCACUGAUCGGGAACCUGCACUUGGCUAAGCAGGAGUGGGGUCCGGGGCAGAAGAAGUUUGAGCGCAUUCUGGCACAGGAGGCCACCUCUCAGGACACGUACUCAAUCGUGGCGUUGGGCAACGUAUGGCUCCAGACAUUACAUCAGCCCUCGAAGGAUAAGGACAAAGAGAAGCGCCAUCAGGAGAGAGCCAUUCAGAUGUAUCGACAGGUGUUGAAGAUUGACCCGAAGAAUAUCUGGGCGGCCAAUGGUAUCGGCUCUGUGUUGGCCCACAAGGGCUACGUUAGCGAAGCGCGCGAUGUGUUCUCUCAGGUUCGGGAGUCGACGGCCGACUUCCCGGACGUGUGGGUAAACAUCGCUCACAUUUACGUCGAGUUAAAGCAAUACGUGAACGCCAUUCAGAUGUACGAGAAUUGUUUGCGCCGUUUCUAUAGCCACACAAACACCGAAGUGUUGUUAUAUAUGGCCAGAGCUUACUUCAAAUGGGGUAAACUUAGACAGUGUCGUAAUGUCCUCCUCCGCGCCCGACGGGUCAACCCUCACGACACGCUUUUGCUCUACAAUCUGGCGCUCGUUCUCCAGAAACUGGCCGCCAGUGUAUUGGAGGACACGAAGAGUUCGUUGAGUACUGUGUUGUCGGCCGUCCAUGAGUUGGGUUUAGCGCAGAAGUACUUCUCUUUCCUUAAGAAAAAUGGCGACAAAAUGCGAUUCGAUCUCCAAUUGGCCGAAAUCGAAGAAAGACAGUGUCAGGACUUAUUGGCACAGGCUCAGUAUCAUGUGGUGAGAGCCCGACGUACGGACGAAGAGGAACAGGAGAUCCGUCGCAAACAGGAGGAGGAGAGGGAGGCUUUGCGACAGAAGAUGCUGAACGAGCAAAGGGUGAAAGAGGAGGAGCGGGUGAAAGUGGAACAGGAGCUCAUUCUCAAGAGGCAACAGUUUGUGGAGCAGUCGAAGAGUAAACUAUUGUUCGCCGAAGUGAGCGAAGACAAGCCCAGGAAAGGGCGGAAGCGGUACGUGGAUGAGGACGGCUUCGUCAACGACAGCUCGUCGGACGGCGAGAAUAAGGAUCGCAUUAAACGGCCGCUAAAUCUGGCCGAAGGGGAGGUCUCGAAACACGAGCGCAAACGCAAGCGCAGGAAGAGAGACCGAUCGGAGUCCGGAUCCGACGAAGACGUGAAGGAGAGGAAUGAGGAGAGAAGGAAACGGAGGGAAGAGGAGAGACGGGUCCGCAAAGACAAGGCCCGCAAGAGUAAGGAGAAUAGAGGCCGCGUUCACAUCCAUCAGACCGCAGAUCAGGCGAAACCGUCGAAACCCGGAAAGUUUAAGUCCAAGGAAUACAUCGAUUCCGACAGCUCUUCCGACUCGGAUGACGACAAACUCAAGAUCGAUGUCGUUCAGCACAUGCGGUGA